AUGGUGCCUGCGAAGAAGUUAAAGAUAGCAUUUGUGCAUCCCGAUUUAGGAAUUGGUGGAGCAGAAAGACUAGUGGUUGAUGCAGCACUUGGUUUACAAGAAGCAGGUCAUGAAGUUAUCAUAUAUACAAGUCAUUGUGACAAGACACAUUGUUUCGAAGAGGUCAAAAAUGGUACUUUGAAAGUUGAAGUGUUUGGUGAUUUUCUACCGACUGAUUUGGGUAAACGAUUCUUCAUUGUCUUUGCUAAUUUGAGACAGUUGUAUCUGACAGCUAAAGUGGUGUUGUCAGGAAGAUCAAAAGACAAAGAUGUGUUUAUCAUUGAUCAGUUAUCAACUUGUGUCCCAUUUUUUAAGUUAGCAAAUAAUAAAGUUUUGUUUUAUUGCCAUUUUCCAGAUCAAUUGUUAGCUAUAAGAACGAACUGGAUUAAAAGCUUAUAUCGUAUACCAUUCGAUCUACUAGAGCAAUUCACGAUGUACUGUUCGGAUGAGGUUGUUGUUAACUCUAACUUUACAAAAUCCAUGUAUAAAAAAACCUUCAAAUACCUACAGAAAAACCCAAACGUCAUUUAUCCAUGUGUUGAUACCGAUACUGAGACUCUGAUUAACGAUAGGGAUAUGCAAAUAGGAAACCUUUUGGUUGGAAAAUGUCCAAAUUUCUACUUGAGUAUCAAUAGGUAUGAGAGGAAAAAGAAUAUAGAACUAGCAAUACAAGCGUUUGCCAAAGCAUCAGUUGAAAACACAAAUUUGGUUGUAUGUGGUGGUUAUGAUCCAAGGAUACACGAAAAUGUACAGUAUUUGCAAGAAUUGACAUGCCUUUGCAAAGAAUUGGAUCUUUCUUAUACUGUUAAUCACUAUUCUGACUUUAUUGAGGAUAGUUAUUCUGUGAAUGAAAUUGAAAAGUUGUUUGGUGCAAAGGUUAUAUUUUUGACAUCAAUUUCUUCUUCUUUGAAGGAAUUUCUAAUUCAAAACAUGCAACUAUUAUUGUAUACACCUUCAUAUGAACAUUUUGGAAUAGUACCAUUGGAAGCUAUGAAAUACGGCAAACCAGUGUUAGCUGUCAACAAUGGUGGACCAGUUGAAACUGUUGUAAGCUAUCAAAAAGAAGAUAAUGAGAAAUCAACCACUGGUUGGUUGAGGUCAGCUGACGCUGAUGAGUGGGCAUCGGCUUUGAUUGAAAGUAAAGAAGUUUUGAAUCAAAAUCCGGAACUUUUCAAAAAUAAUGGCCCUAAAAGGGUUAUUGAACUAUUCUCAAGAAAAGCUAUGACGCAAGAAUUUGAAACUAACAUCAAGUUAGCGCUAAGGCAUACUUCCAAUAUAAGUAUCAUAUAUGUUGUAUCCAUAAUAUUUGCAGUACUGCUCAAAGUAUUUGUUUUCUAA